AUGGGCAGCCUACAUUUUACAACACCGUCCCGGGAGAAACUUCUCCAAGACAUGACUACUAGCGAGAAGAUAGCCUUGCUAUCGGGUAUUGACUUUUGGCACACGGCUAGCAUCCCACGCCUCAACAUCCCCAAGCUUCGCAUGUCGGAUGGCCCAAAUGGCGUUCGGGGCACCAAGUUCUUUGACAGUGUUCCUGCAGCCUGUUUGCCUUGUGGGACAGCUUUGGGUGCGACGUGGAACAAAGAGCUAAUGAAGGAGGCGGGAGACCUGAUAGCUCGCGAGUGUCAUGCCAAGAGCGCUCAUGUCUGGCUGGGACCAACGGUCAACAUCCAGAGAAGUCCUCUCGGCGGACGAGGAUUCGAGUCCUUCUCUGAAGAUCCCCUUCUGAGCGGGAUCAUGGCCGGUGCCAUAAUCUCAAGCGUCCAAAAGGGUGGCAUCGCAUCAUCUCUGAAGCACUUUGUGGCGAAUGAUAUGGAACACGAGCGCACUCUCGUCGAUUGCCGCAUCAGUCAACGAGCGCUACGUGAAAUCUAUCUCCUCCCUUUUCAACUGGCUAUCCGGGAUGCCAACCCCUGGGCGCUCAUGACGGCGUACAACAGGGUCAACGGCCUCCACAUGUGUGAAAACUCCGAGAUACUCCAAGAUAUCGUCCGAAGAGAGUGGAACUAUGAUGGGUGCAUCCUAAGCGACUGGUUCGGAACGUACUCGACUGUUGAGGCCAUCAAUGCCGGUUUAGACCUCGAGAUGCCAGGCCCAACGGAGUGGAGAGGCAAGAAGGUGUCGACUGCUAUGAGUGUGGGCAAGAUAAGCAAUGAGACAAUCAGCCAGCGGGCAUCUUCUGUCUUGAAGCUCAUCGAGAGGUGCUCAAAGGCGGGGAUCCCAGAGUCGGGUCCCGAGAUUUGUCUCGACUCUACAAGUGACCGCGAUGUCUUGAGGAGGUUGGGAUCCGAAAGCAUGGUUCUUCUCAAGAAUGAUAGGAACAUUUUACCUUUGGAUAGUUCCAAGAGUGUGGCAGUCAUUGGGCCCAACCUAAAGAAGCCCUUCUUCUGCGGCGGAGGAUCAGCUUCGCUCCGUCCCUAUCGCUCAGUAUCCAUCCUCGAGGGACUAAACACCCAGUUAGAGGAGCCAGUGCAAUAUGCCGAGGCCUGCCGAAUCUACAACAUGUUGCCAGCCCUGGGGGAUCUAGUCCGGAGUCCAAAGAGCGGGAAACUCGGCCAUUUCUUGAUGAGCAUCUACAGCUCACCACCAUGGGAGGACAAGCACACCCCGCUGGAAACGUUCGAGCUUGAUGACACAAACAUUGUUCUAUACGACUAUCGCAAUGCUGCUACCCCCGACAACGUUCUCUUUGCGGCCAUUGAAGCCGACUUUGUGGUUGAGCAAGCCGAGACGUAUGCGUUUGGCCUCACAGUUGCCGGCACUGCGAAGCUAUACCUUGAUGAUAGACUCAUCAUCGACAACGCAGAGAAGCAAACUAGAGGAGAGAGCUUCUUUGGGUCUGGUAGCGUGGAAGAGAUCGGCUACACCAAACUUGAGGCUGGCAAAGUGUACCGUCUUAGAGUCGAUUUCGGUAGCGCUGCAACCUCCAACCUCAACAAAGCCGGAGCACCAGUCUUUGGAGCUGGCGGUGUACGUAUUGGCUGUGCCCCAUGUGUCGAUCAAGGAUGGGAUCUCAACAAGGCCGUGGAGUUGGCAAAGACGGUGGAUCAAGUCGUGUUAUCCGUUGGCUUAGGCCCCGAGUGGGAGUCGGAAGGUUCAGAUCGUACCGAACUUGGACUCCCUGGACGACAGGCCGAGUUGAUAUCAAGAGUAUGUGCCGUCAACGAAAACGUUGUUGUAGUUAUCCAAUCCGGCACUCCUGUUUCAGGACUAUGGGACGAGGUUCCUGCUGUGCUGCAGACGUGGUACGGCGGCAACGAGAGCGGCCACAGCAUCGCCGAUGUUCUCCUAGGCAAAACGAGUCCAUCUGGAAAGUUACCACUUUCGUGGCCAAUGCAUAUCGAGGAUACGCCUGCUUUCCUCAGCUACAGGUCUGAGGCUGGAAGAUGCUACUACAGCGAGGAUAUCCACGUUGGCUACCGCUUCUAUGAAAAGACGAAGCGACCCGUUCAAUGGCCGUUUGGGCACGGCCUCUCAUAUGCUUCCUUCGAGUUAGACCAUCUGACAUUGACCAUGGACGGAUCCGGUCUUGACAGCCAGUUACACAUCUCAGUCGCAGUAACCAAUACUUCUACUGUAGAUGGCAGCGAGACCUGUCAGGCCUAUGUGAAGCGGAUCAGCGAGUCCAAGGUUUCACGGCCCAUCAAAGAACUGAAAGGAUUCACCAGGGUAUUUGUUUCGGCUGGAGAGACAAAGGUGGCGUACAUCACUAUCCCGCUCAAAUAUGCCACGAGUAUCUGGGACGAGACGUCGGGUGUUUGGCUGAUGGAGAGCGGGAGCUUUGAGGUAGAUGCCGUCGAGGCCGUAUGCCGGCCGCGAUUCCCCGCGGCCCGGUCUGCCAGGCCUCAGCGCGUAGUCCUGGCCAUCAGUGGAGGUGUUGAUUCCAUGGCCCUGGCCUUUCUCACUUCCCGUAUGCUUCAGAUCUUCCGACACGCAAAGAUCGCCGACAAUCCCGCCCACGGCGCCCUUGCAGUCGUUAUCGACCACAGACUGCGCGAUGAGAGCACCGAAGAGGCUAUACAGGUCGCAAAGGAGCUGAGGAAGCUCGACCUCAAGACCACCGUCACGGCGCUCGCCUGGAAGGAGGAGAAACGCAAUGGUCUCGAUCCUCGCAAGCUCCCGAACCUUGAGGGACUAGCUCGAACGUAUCGAUACCGCGCUCUCGGGAACCACUGCAACUAUUUAGGCGCUACGAGUCUCUUCUUUGCGCAUCAUCGAGACGACCAAUACGAAACAGUUCUAAUGCGAUUGCUAGGAGGACACGGAUAUCGAGGGCUGCAGGGGAUACGGGAGGCAAACUCUAUUCCCGAGUGUUACGACAUGCACGGCGUGUACAAGAGCGGUUUGAUCGAUGACCAGCGCCAAGAGUCCCCUUUUCUCAGUUUUAAGCCGCCUAUACGGGAAAUGAGGCGCCUGCGAUCCAUCUUUCGAGAUGAGAAGAUGGCCGAGCCACGGAACGGCCUCAAACGCUUUGGUGGAACAGAACUGGUUGACCGAUAUCCGGGGCACAAUCCUAUGGACAAGGAACCUAACGAGCCCUAUCUCAAGCCUCUGGAGAUCGAAGAUGGCGGGGUCAUGAUCUACAGGCCGCUGCUUGAGUUUGACAAGGAUAGGCUCAUCGCCACCUGCGAGGCAAACAAGAUCCCCUGGGUCGAGGAUCGGACCAACAAGGACCCUACUCUGACGACACGGAAUGCCAUCAGAUACCUGGUUCGGAAUCAUGAGCUCCCGAAAGCUCUGCAGAAGCCCGCCAUCCUGGCCUUGGCCGAACGGGCAAAGCGAAGGACAAAGUUUGAAGAAGCUGAAGCGCAUCGCUAUCUGGUGCGAGAAGCCAUCAUCAAGGAUUUCGAUCCGAAUGCGGGAACCUUGUUGAUCCAGUUUCCCAACUCGCGCCCCUUCAAGGGACGGCGCAAGAGGCGCUCCUUGAAUCCAGACAAUGAGCUUCGAAAGGAGCACCGGAGACUCAUCAUGGCUAUUGCAGUUCGGAAGCUGAUAGACUUUGUCACUCCCGAGUAUCAUUUGCCGCCUUUGGCCAACCUCGACAACGUCGUGAAUCGACUUAUCCCUGAUCUGGCCCCCAACCCGGGCUCAUCUCCUCCAAAAGCCUUUGCCAUGUCCGGUGUCUUGUUUGAUCCGAUAGCACAAGGAAACUCGGUCAAGUGGUUCCUCUCUCGAGCUCCUUACACAUCCAAUCAACCUCUACCUAUGGCGAAGCUGUUCGGAGUUCUGGACCAUCGUGUUCGCUUCGACAAGGAGGAGGCCAAGGAGAUUGCCGAGGCCAACCCUGGGUCCCGCAUCAUGGGCUGGAAGAGAUCCAAGAUGUUUGACGGCCGCUACUGGGUUCGGAUUGGAUACAACAAUCGCCCUGUAUUCCUGGUGCAGCCUUACCGAGCAGAGUAUGCCAAGGCUUUCCGUAAGGCGCUACCCCCCAUGCGGAGGGCUCGGCUUGAAAAGCUGCUGAAGCACUACGCGCCGGGCAAGAUCCGAUAUUCCUUGCCGGCUCUGUACGGCGUGGAACGCGAGAGGGAUCACUACUCGCAGCAUGUGACAACUACGUUGACGCUACUGGCGCUACCGUCGCUGGGCAUCCAUAUUCCCGGUCUGGAGCGGUGGGUCAAGUAUGAAGUUCGGUACAGAAACGUCGACAAGACCCUGCUGGGACAUCACCCAAGGGGGGAGAGGACGUCCCAUGUGUAUUACCGGCCGCUAUUUGGGCCGGUGCGGAGACAGAGAUUGAGGCUGAUGGGCAAGCAUGGACCUCGGCGAUGA